CCAUGAAACCGGGGAGAGACGCUCGUGGUCGCCUCCAUUUCUCCUCACUUGCCGCUACCUAGCAUCGCAUCCCCUCCACCCAAGCUCGAUCGAUGACCAAUAAAAGAAGCUUGAGAUCGGCUCCUGCAUGGCCGGUUGCGUGUCGCUGGGGGAAAUAGAAUAGAAAGAGGCUAGAUUUGAGGUCGCUGCGUUCUCACCACCCUCUCCACUUCUGAAUUGAAGAACCUACGAUCCGUUCCACAACCGGGCAGCGGUUUGUUCCGUGCUGCAAAUUAGAUCGAGAGGCCAUCUUCUUCAUCUCAGAGUUUCGCCGUCGGUUGGUUCCCGGAGCCGCGCCAUUUCUCGACCCAAUUUUGUUUCAGGUUUCAUUGACGACGUUGCAGUGCUCAGGCAGUGUGAUCCCGGACUGUGCAUGAGCUAGCUGAAAAGGGAAGGGGAUUCCAGAGAUGCCGUUGUUCGAACGGGAUCGCUACCAGAGGCUGGACGGCGUGGGCGCCCGGAGGCCGCCGCCGCCGCCGUCGUCGUUCUGCUCGUCGGCAACCGUCGUCGUCUUCGUGGCGCUCUGCCUCGUCGCCGCGUGGAUGAUGGCGUCGUCCAACAACAUCGCCGUCACCGUAACGCCAGAGAACAACUCGGGGGCCAAGGACCAGGACGGGUCCGUCGACGUUGGCGGCGACACGCGGCAGGCGAGCGACGAGGUGGCGGACACUGGCAGCGGCACGCAGUCGACGGAGGUGAGUGGGGACGCAGGCAAGAAAGAUGAUCGUAGCGGUGGCGACGCUUCGCAGACGAAGGAGGACGCUGAUGGGGACACCGACAACAAAGAUGGUGGCGACGCUUCGCAGACGAAGGAAGGCGCUGAUGGCGACACCGGCAACAACAAGGACGACGGCGCUGGCGCCACGCAGACGGCCGAACCUGUCACUACUGUCGGCAACGACGUCAACCAGAGCGACGUCACGGGGAGAACGGAUGCGACAGCCAACGGCACUACCAGAGGCACGGACGCAGAGGACUCCGGAGAGCCAGACAGCGGCACCGUUGCCGAGGGCGACACACCGGCCAGGAACCAGACUUUCUCCGACGAGAACGGCAAGACGGAGGGCGGCGAGGUGGCGAAGCCGGAGGACCCCGACAAAAAAGUCGAGCAGAGCGCCGAGCAGACGGCGAUCGAUGGCAACACUACCACAAGCGGACAGGAUCAGGACGAGAACAACACCGACAAGAACACCAACGAAACCGGCGGCCAGGCUGACAAGAGGGAGGAGGAGGCGUCCACUGACGACAAGAGCACCGGCGGCCAGGCUGACAACACUACUGUACAAGAGGCAUCCACCACUGACGAUAACAGCACCGGCGGCCAGGCUAACAAUAGCACCAAGGAGACACCGACAGAGUCAAAAGAGACCGUUGGCGGUGACGACGGCACGGCCCAGAGCCAGACGAGCUUCGACGACAUGAAUGGCAGUACGAACGACUCGCAGCCCAUGAAAGAAGACGGGAAGGUCGCCGAGAAUAGCUCCGAUGAAACUGCCAGCGGCGGCAAGGUGGAAAGCACAGACGACGACGCGACAACCGGCGCGGCGUCAAACAACGCAACUUCCGGAGGCCAGAACGUCGCGGCCGAGACCAUGGCAUUUGCAGCCGCGGAUGAUGGCGCCAACGGCAACAUCACUGAAAACAGCUACGCAACGAACAGCAGCGCCACGACUGAAGGGAAGAUACCGACGGUUGGAGAAGGAGACGCGGCAGAGAAAGCCGACCUGCUGCCGAGCGGGCAGGCGGAGCUGCUGAACGAGACGGCGUCGGCGGUGGCGGAGAACGGCGCGUUCCCGACCCAGGCGGCGGAAUCGAGCGAGGAGAAGGAGGCGCUCGCAGGCAAGAACAAGAAGAAGAACCAGAAGAAAAAGAAGCAGAAGAGCAAGGACCAGGGCGCCGCCUCUGGCGAGACGGCGGAGGGGAAGGAGACGUACGCCCACACCUGGAAGCUCUGCAACGCGAGCACCGGCGCGGACUACAUCCCGUGCCUGGACAACGAGGCGGCCAUCAAGAAGCUCAAGAGCACCAAGCACUACGAGCACCGGGAGCGGCACUGCCCCGCCGACGCGCCGGCGUGCCUCGUACCGCUCCCGGAGGGCUACCGGCAGCCGAUCCCGUGGCCAUACAGCCGCGACAAGAUCUGGUACCACAACGUGCCGCACACUAUGCUGGCGUCCUUCAAGGGGCACCAGAACUGGGUGAAGGUCUCCGGCGAGCACCUGACGUUCCCCGGCGGCGGCACGCAGUUCAAGCACGGCGCGCUGCACUACAUCGAGGUGAUCGAGGAGGCGCUCCCGGAGGUGGCGUGGGGCCGCCGCAGCCGCGUGGUGCUCGACGUCGGCUGCGGCGUCGCCAGCUUCGGCGGCUUCCUGUUCGACAAGGACGCGCUGACCAUGUCGUUCGCGCCCAAGGACGAGCACGAGGCGCAGGUGCAGUUCGCGCUGGAGCGCGGCAUCCCGGCCGUCUCCGCCGUGAUGGGUACCAAGCGGCUCCCCUUCCCCGGCAACGCCUUCGACGUCGUCCACUGCGCCCGGUGCCGGGUGCCGUGGCACAUCGAGGGCGGCACGCUGCUGCUCGAGGUGAACCGCCUCCUCCGGCCCGGCGGCCUCUUCGUGUGGUCGGCGACGCCCGUGUACCAGAAGGUGCCGGAGGACGUCGAGAUCUGGCACGCGAUGGCGGCGCUCACCAAGUCCAUGUGCUGGGAGAUAGUGAAGAAGACGAGCGACACGGUGGACGAGACCGCCAUGGUGGUGUUCAAGAAGCCGACGAGCAACGAGUGCUACGACGCGAGGACGCGCGCGGAGCCGCCGCUCUGCGGGGCCUCCGACGACCAGGACGCGGCGUGGAACGUCACCCUGCGGCCGUGUAUGCACCGGGUGCCCACCGACGCGUCCGCCCGCGGCUCGCGGUGGCCGACGCAGUGGCCCCAGCGGCUGGCGACGACGCCCUACUGGCUGAGCGCCGACCAGACGGGCGUCUACGGCAAGCCCGCGCCCGCCGACUUCGCCGCGGACCAGGAGCACUGGAGGAAGGUAGUCGACAACUCGUACCGCGACGGCAUGGGCAUCGACUGGAAGAACGUCCGGAACGUCAUGGACAUGAGAGCCGUCUACGGAGGGUUUGCGGCGGCGUUGUCGGACAUGAAGGUGUGGGUGAUGAACGUGGUGACCGUGGACUCGCCGGACACGCUGCCAGUCAUCUACGAGCGCGGGCUGUUCGGGAUGUACCAUGACUGGUGCGAGUCCUUCAGCACUUACCCGAGGUCGUACGACCUCGUCCACGCCAACCACCUCUUCUCCAAGCUGAAGAGUAGGUGCAAGCUGCUGCCGGUGAUCGCCGAGGUGGACCGAGUCCUGAGGCCGGAGGGGAAGCUCAUCGUCCGCGACGACAUGGCGACGGUCAAGGAGGUCCAGAGCAUUGCGAGAUCGUUGCACUGGGAGGUGAGGAUGACCGUGUCCAAGCAGGGGCAGGGGCUGCUCUGCGUCAGGAAGACUAUGUGGCGGCCCACGCAAGUCGAGGCGCUGAGCUAGUGAUCGCAGAACGUGGAAUUAAAGGCGCAUCUGUGUGUUGAGUGCUUUCAGCAUACGCAGGCCCAAAAGCCUUUGGUCUAUGGCUUUGUUUAGGACAGCUGCUGAUUGUGAACAAACAACUUAUUUGCUUCUGGUUGAUGACUGCUUUUAGUUCAUUCUGAACAGCAAUUGAACUAGUAAGCUAAUGCAUAAGUUGCCUGUUUGGCAUAGAUUCUACUUAGCUGUGCCAAACUGGGUCAUAUUGUAAUACCCAAAAGUGUAAACUAUGAAAAUAGAGUUGAUCUCCAUAUUUUGUGGCCUCUACU